CGUCAGUGAGUCGGCCACGCGAUGCUAGCUCGUCCAUCGUGGCUUUCGCCAGCUGCUCUGUAUUGGAUGGGACAGAACGACUAGACAUGAUGGCAACGCGCAAGACGAGAUGUACCGUUGGCCGAAUGUGGACCGACACUGCCUCUCUAACGUUCGGCUUCGCGUUAUUUCACUGUCUCGUUGCUGGAUCAGCACGGUGGAUGGCACCGGAGCCCCCGUUUAUACUUGAACUGAACAAGUGGAAAGUAUGGAUUGCUGACCGAGGAUUUACGGAUAGGAAUAGUGCACGUCAGAAGCAAGAUAUGAGGACGGAUAUUUACUUUACUGCGCAGUCGAAGAAAUCUAAAGCUCGGUGCCGAGCUUUCAACGGCCUCUACGGUGCUGUCAACAUAACGUGUACCACGGACAACAAGUACGCGCAAGAUACAACGGCAGUAUGGGACUACUUACGACUCUCACGUGACGAAUCCCAACAGGGUAAUGAAGAGAAAACAGUGUUUGGUAUUACAUACCAAGAAAAACUGACCCUUGAAGCAUAUGAUGGAGCAGGAGAAUUUCUACCUCCCAUCUUCGCCCAUCGAAGUGAUGGCGUUCUGUACAUGUGCCCACCACCCAGCUCAAAAGAUAGACGAGAACUCUGCCUUCGCAACCUACAUGUGCAGGAACACGGCGGGAAUUGUUUCGACGAGGAAUCAGGGAUACUGCAUAUUCAACUGCAAUAUAUCACAUCUGUCACCAUACAAACGAUUCAAACGCUUCGAGUGGGAUUGGUGUACGAAUCGAAAGAGGAGGAAGAGAUCGACAAGCUAUGGAUAAAAAAACUUGUGUCCUUUCUCUCUAAAAAGCUAAAACUGCCACGGAAUGCGAUUCGAAGUUUAUCAAGCUGCUCUCGUAAAGCGCUGUCAAUAAACCAAACACACGGUGAACUUCAACUUGAGUUUGCAUGGUUCCUGAGCGAGGAAGACACCACCAGUUUCCAACAAGGCUGCACGUACAACGGGCUAAUUGAUGUCCUCACCAAGUCAGCAUUCCCUUUAGACGUGAAACAAGUACAUGUUUAUACGAAAAAUCACAUAGGAGAUGACGUACCUAUUGUAAAAAUGGCCAUGGAAGAAGGCAACGCUAAGAAGAAUGCAAGGUCUAUAAGCAAACAACAUCAUCAGGAUGAGUACGACAUAGUAAUAAGAGGGCUGAACGGAUCUUAUGUCGCUAGAUCGGCGGCAACGUUCAAGAUACGUGUCCUGGAGGAACACGGAGACGUUGUAUCAUCGCUUGGCAAGGACUACGCCUGCAAUGUAGCCAUUACUGCUGGGCCACGUAAGGGACGAUUGCUGGGUACCACAUCUGUUCAGCUGAGCAAGGGAGAAGCUAAAUUUAACAUUUCAUUUAGUCGCAUGGGCAAGUACAAAAUAAAAUUCACUAUUCAAUCUGAUGGAACUGGAUGGGUCGUGGAUCCGAAUAUAAGGUUGGUCAGCGUGACCGGAAGAAGACUGAGACUGGAACCGAUGAACACGGUGCCGUAUUAUGCUGUCGUGUACGAGCAAUUUGUGCCAUCGUUUGGCGUGAAAUUCUACGACGAAGUCACUGGAGAGCCGGCUGAAGUGGACGAUAUCAAUUUUCCAUGGAAAGUCCAACCAUAUUUUGUCUACAAGGGCGUCUAUCGCAGAGGCGCUAGUGUUUCGAUGCGAAAGUUUCAAGAUACCAUUAUCCCCACGCGAUAUGACUGGCUAUUACCCGCACUGCGAAUAACAACGCCUGGUUGUUAUUUCGUCAUUGGGUUAACACUGAGCAAUGCAGUCUAUGGAAAGCUCUCUGUGACACUGCCUCCUGUCGACGUCCGUGCGAUUUCAAGGAUAGAUGCAGUCAAAGUACAGGAGGAUUCUAAGGUUGUUCUCUACUCUUUGCUCGAAAUAUUUGCGGAUAAGAACAUAAGCAAAGAGGAGGCACUCAUUCAUAUUGUGAACUGGGUGCAUGAGACAACGCAAGCCAGCAUUGUUAAUUCAUCAGCAUCAUACGUCGGCAACAACAGAGUUCAAGUGCUGCUUACAAUGCAUAACGCCAAAUUUAGAUUCAGUGAGUGGCACAAUAAUCCAGAAGCGAUGGAAGCGAUGCAAAAACGAUCAUCUCUGAACAGCUAUGUGCGGUACCGUGUCAAACGCUCCAUAGUAGGCUCUAACGAGUCAGUAGUGUUAAAGCAAUCGCUCGAGAGCGAAGAGGCAGAGAAGCACGAAGUGGAAAAAGAAGGGGGCUUACCAGACUCUUGGAUUGCUGCAAUUGUAAUCAACGCCAUACUCGUUGUUUUAUUCAUUCUCUUCGUUAUCUACUGCUAUUUUCGAAGCAGGAAACGAAACUCACUACCUCCCCCUACUAUGAUCAAAAAGGGUGAUAGUGAGGCUGAAGCCUUGUACGCCCACAAGACGAGCCAACAUGUGACAGACACAGAGCGAGAAGUGAUCAUAGCACGGGAUGAACGACCGCAGGAAACGUCUCUCUUUACCGUGGAGGACGAAAGUCGACGGUUUGGCCUCCAGGGAGAAACAGACUACUUGGAUGGGUAUUCAUCUCAGUUGUCUUCGAGAGUAGAACAACCCCGUGAGAUAGGUCCCUCGCCUUCGGACGGGCGGCUAAGCGAUGUUCCUGUUGCCAUCGAGGGUGUCGAGGAUGACUUUGAGCCCGAACUCAGAGACUUAGACGUAGACGAUUCAGAGGAAGACGAGGAACCAUCGGAGGCGCUACCUCACGUCUCGCCCGACGAUCAACCGCGGGGAUCAGCCAAGGUCCCAGAAGAUGUCUUCUCUGUGGCGAGCCAGAAGACGCUGCAAGGCUCUCUGGAAGGAGCAAGCACCACAGUCAUACCAGGUGCUGUGGAUGAAAAUGAAGAUGAUCAAGAAGAGCAGUAUGCAAAGUACCUGGUUUACAUAAUGAACAGCGACCACGGUGCACGGGACUGCAUUGGUUCAGUGCUCUUGCCAGCAGCCACGCCCAUGACGUUAAGCCAACUGCGAGCAUUUUUAAUGAAUUCAGACGACCCUUCUAUUCAAGAAGUCGCAAUGCAGAAGUACAAUUUCAUCACAGAAACUAACAAUGAGAUCACAUUUCAAGAAGGAGGUUCUUUCGUUACCAAAGUGUACCCCGCCAAAUCCAUCAUCCUCAAGCUCAAAGAAAAGACGAAGCGCGGAGCACUCUCCCAGUCUUCCUCAACAAGCCCACCAGAAACAAUAUCACCGAGAAGGGAACAAACACCCCUCAUUACAUCUGAUGGUAGCGAUAGUACAUUCCGAACUUCGACAAGAGAUGUCGCAAACGGCACUGUGAGAAAGCCGAAAUUCAUCCCUAAAAGCAAGUAUGUUGGACCUUUGGGUGUUUGCUAUCGGCCAGAGUGUGACCUACCCGGAAGGGUGAAGUGUGUCGAUUGCGGCAUGGUGGCCUAUUGCAGUAGUCGUUGUCUCAAAACAGACACGGAGAGGCAUCGAAUGUCUUGCUACCGACCGCCAUGGAGGAUGUAGCAACUGCUAUCAGCAGCACAUGAAGCCAGUGUGUUGGAACACGUGUGAUCAUGAGUGCCACUUUUCAAGACUAUUCUCACACCAAACAGACGGGGCGAGCAAAGGGACUGAAGUAUUUCUCUUAGCACCACACACGUACACCGUGUAGCAUUUACCCUUCUAAGAACACCAGGUGAAGAUGUGUAUGAAAGCGUGGCGGAUAAGUAGUAUA